CAACCAAUAGGAAGAUUCUGUCGUAAAUCUUAUAUAUCUUAGUUACCUUAUAAAACCUUUUCAAGCAAUAGACAUAUCGUACAGAACUGGCGAACGAGAAAUACUAUUCUCACACUUCGUAUCGUCGUAAACAAGAACACUGAAAGUACAGUCAGCAUACAAUGAACAACGUACAGGACAAGACAGCUUUAAUCACCGGUGGAGGCAGUGGACUCGGUUUAGUUUAUGCUGAGAGAUUACUGCAAGAUGGAGCGAAGGUAGUUGCUAUCAUUGACCUAGAAAUCUCGUCCGCAGAAAUUGCAGUGUCCCAAUUGGAAAUAGAAUUCGGCAAAGGAACCGCCAAAUAUUUUCCAUGUGAUGUAAGCAAUGCUGAACAAUUCGAAGCAACCUUCAAAAAAGUUUGGGACACUCUGGGUGGCCUGGACAUUCUUAUUAACAAUGCUGGUUUAUUUAAUGACUUAAAAUGGCAGCAAACUAUUGGCGUGAAUAUUAACGGCGUAAUCCAAGGAUCUUUGCUCGCUUUGGAUUAUAUGGGCAAACACAAAGGUGGCAAAGGGGGCACCAUAGUAAACAUCGCAUCGGUCAUGGCUCUGAAAAUCUUCUCUGAAUUACCUAUUUAUUGCACCACUAAACACACUGUCUUGGCGUUCAGCCGUUGCAUACAGGAACACUUUGACAAAACUGGCGUUCGUGUUCUUGUGCUUUGCCCUGGUGCCACAGCAACGUCGAUUUUAGAUGAAAUAACAGAGAAAUCUUUAGACUUUGUUGAAAAGAAUGCUGUUAAAACAAUGCAAGAAUCACUGCUGGUACAACCAACGCAACACGUAGGAAGAGGCAUGGUACAGUUUCUCCUGAAAGGUGAAAAUGGAGCUGUCUGGGUUAUUGAAAACAAAAAACCACCAUACGCUGUUGAGUUUCCACCUUUCAAAAAAGUGGAGGUGAAGCUCAAUAUGCAAAUCAAGGAUAAAAGAGUCAUUGUAACGGGAGCUGCUGGUGGCUUGGGUAUGACUAUUAGCAGAGAACUGCUGCGAAAUGGUGCAUCCGUAAUAGCAAUGAUAGAUAUCGAGGAGGUAGCUGGCAAGGAAGCGAUGAACGUACUGAACGCAGAAUUCGGCCGCAAUCGUGCUAUAUUCUUCCAGUGCGAUGUCGCGAACAAUUCCGAAUUCGAUGAUACUUUCAAGAGAGCUGUGAAGACACUCGGCGGUCUGGAGAUUCUAGUGAACAAUGCUGGUAUCAUUAACGAGAGCGAUUUCACUAAAACCAUCGAUGUAAACGUGACAGCGGUGAUACGAGCGACGCUUCUAGGAAUCCAACAAAUGCAAAAGGACUCCGGUGGCAAAGGCGGUGUUAUCGUCAAUAUAUCGUCUGUGGCUGGUCUGUAUUCUUUAUCUCAGCUUCCAGUAUAUUCCGCUACGAAACAUGCAGUGGUUAGCUUCAGCCGUUCGUUCGCGCAACCUUAUCAUUACGAAAGGACUGGAGUAAGGAUAAUAGUGCUGUGUCCCGAGCUUUCUCAAAUGUCCAAUGUAAAAAAUUCAGAAGUAAAUCCGUCGCAAGAUCAACUGAUACAGAAAUAUUUCCGAAGAGUGGACAGCGUGGCGCACGGACUGGUUUACGUGGUGAGAUGCGCUCAGAACGGAAGUAUAUGGAUCAGCGAGGAUGGAAAACCUGUCUACGAGAUACAAUUGUUCGACAGCCUACCGCAAAAGCAUAAUGAUUCCAUAUUGGAAGAAAACGAGCGUAAAAUGCAAAUAGAUUAAAUCACUGAAUUCUGUAAAUAGACAAUAUUAAUAUGUUAUGUGCGUGAUGUAUAUAUUACUUUGUAUGUAUUACUCUUACCCAUGAUGUUUUUUAUGUUUGCAUAAUUUACGAUAAAAGUAUCUGAAUGUAAUAAAUAAAUGGCGAUAA